AUGGGAAAGCGCGUUGAGUGCAAUAGAGACGAUUUGUAGGCUUACCUGAGAGAUGAAGGACUCUCCGGGGGCGAUGGAGUUGGCAGGUGCAGUGAUGAAGAUUCACACCCAUCAAAGGCCACCUAUUUUAAGGUCAACAUUCAAGGGGCUCCUCUUACUUUCUGUGAUACUGAUUUCAAUCAGCUACCUGUCUGUAUACAAAGACCAUUUGUCCGAUUAUCUGCAGAGCAACACGUCUUUGAAACAAACAAACCCGAUUUAUAGAGCCCCUCUUCCUCUGGAGCAUCCAAAUCGAAGCUUCCUCCAGCACCACCUAGCUUUUCCGAGGAACUACCAUUUCAUCCUGGAUGACACAGACGUGUGUAGGUCCAACACUCCUUUCCUGGUUCUCGUUGUUCCGGUGGCCCCCAGCAACAGGAAAGCUCGGGAUGCUAUUCGGAAAACGUGGGGCACUGAGACCCUUGUUCAGGGAGAGCUGAUCCAGACUGUCUUCCUCCUGGGUCUCCCCAGUAGAGGAAACAUCACAGAGCAGCAGGAGCACGUCAGCAUGGAGAACCUUCAGUACCACGACCUGAUCCAGAGCGACUUCAUAGACAGUUACAACAAUCUGACUAUAAAGACCAUGGUGAUUAUGGACUGGCUGGCCACACAAUGCCCAAAGGUGUCCUAUGCCAUGAAGAUUGACUCAGAUAUGUUCCUUAAUGUGGAGAAUCUGGUGAGCAUGCUAAAGUCACCAGGCAUCCCCAAGGAGUUAUACCUGACAGGAAUGCUGAUGUGGAAUAGGCCCGUUAUUCGCGAUCGUUCCUCUAAAUGGUAUGUUCCUAAGGAGAUGUACCCUGACCCUCAUUAUCCAACCUACACCCUUGGCAUGGGCUACCUCUUCUCCAUUGAUCUGACAAGCACGUUUGUGGAGGUCUCCAAAAGCAUUGAACCCUUCAAUAUUGAAGAUGCCUACAUUGGAAUGUGUAUGAAAAAGUUGGGACUCAGUCCCACUCAGCCCCCACAUCCAGACCAGUUUAGAGCUUACCUCGGUAAAUACAAUCGCUGUACCUUCUCUAAGAUCAUCACGUACAUUCUCGGCUCUCCUCAACAGCUGGUGACUUUCUGGACAGACUUAAAAAAGCCUGGCCCACCAUGUUAGCCCUUUUGCAUACACUGUAUAUGCCCAUUUCAUGGAUAACAUGAAGUUGAAUUGACAAAGAAUUGCUCGAUAAUGUAACCCAUUUGUGUUAAUAUUAUUUUGGGAGUAUUUAUAUUGUUAUCGUUAUUGAAUUUCAUUAUUUUUUCAGUUGUGUUUUUAGUUGCUGACGAACAUUGAAGCCCAAACUGAAUUCCUCAUCGCAGAUAUUGUGUGUGUCACCGUCUGUCUGAAGCAACCCAAAUAUAUUAAAUGUGUCUCAAACAAAUCUAUUCUAAUUUUAAAUUAGGCUAUAAUAUACAACUAAAUAGGCCAUACAAGUGUGAGUAUUGUUGGGUCAUCAAAUUAAGAGCAUCUACAGUUAAAACACACCUUCAAGUGUGGUGCAGUAGUCCAUCUUCGGAAUGGGUUACGUUGUCGGAACAUUGUAGUUCUAAUGGACGUGGCAGGCCCACAUCCAUAUCACCAACCCUCGCAUAAUGAUGUAGCCUGACGUAGGACAUAAUAUUUUUUAGUAAAACUUUAUCCUGAGCCAAACUUUGAGUUUGUGUAGUAAGCCCACUGCUAUGUCAAUUAUGAAUUAAUAACUCAUAUUUCCAUUAUCGAACUAUGUGUUUAUUGUGGUGGUUGUGGUUGGGCUAGACUCCCCAGUGGGUGGGACUGGAAAACCUUGAAAUAUAUAUAUUUUUAGUGGACUUCAAAGGUUUUCUUGUAAUAUUAUACCUACUACUUUGUAUGUCAAUAAUGGUAUCCAUUGAGGCCUAUGCCAUCAGUGGAAGGAGUUUUUUUCUUGUCCUUUGGGGUGCUUCAGUUACAGAAUGUCAUACACAUAUUCCCUGAAAAGCCCCUUGAGACUAACCAUGAUUAAAAGCUUAAAAAUACAAUCGACUUAUUAUUAAUAAUUACUUAUUAUUAUUUACUUGACUUGACUCAU